AUGGCGGCUAAUGACAGUGCCGAGGCGCUGGCGAGGAAAACGGGGGUUGGUGACACGGGGCAGAAUUAUGAUGGAGACUAUCACCACGAGAAGGGCCCGAAGGAGGUGACUUGCGAGCAUCGGCAGGAGCCCGACGCCAUGACCAUCACCGUCGCAAGGUGA